AUGGCAGUUUUACUUGGUAGCUACACCAUGCCGCUACUUGGAGUGAGCAUCUUCAUUGCUGCUCUGAGCUACAUCACCUUCAAGCUGCUCAGCAGCUACCUGCAUAAAUGGUUUGAGAUGAGGCCCAUUCCAGGGAUCGAAGGAUCGUAUCUCUUCAUUGGAAAUGCACUGCAGUUCAAAACCAACGCAGGAGAUUUCUUUCGUCAAAUUGAGGAUUAUACUCGGGAGUUCUGUGACGCACCGCUGCUUAAACUCUGGGUUGGACCAGUCCCAUGUCUGAUUCUGUUUCAUGCUGAAACUGUUGAGACAGUCCUCAACAACCCCGUUCAUAUGAAAAAAGCCUUUGCAUACGACUUCCUCCACCCUUGGCUUGGAACUGGCCUUCUUACCAGCACUGGGCCUAAAUGGCGUCAGAGGAGGAAGAUGUUGACUCCCACCUUCCACUUCUCCAUCCUGACGGACUUCUUGGAGGUGAUGAACGAGCAGGCCGAGAUCCUGGUGGAGAAGCUGGAGAAGCAGGCGGGGAAGGGCCCCUUCAACUGCUUCAGCCACAUCACCCUGUGUGCCCUGGACAUCAUCUGCGAAACUGCAAUGGGAAAGAAAAUUUACGCCCAGAGUAAUUCUGACUCCGAGUAUGUUCGGAGUGUGUACAAGAUGAGUGACAUUAUCAGCCGCAGACAGAGGACGCCCUGGUUCUGGCCUGACUUUGUGUACAAGUGCUUCGGCGAGGGCUGGGAGCAUGAAAAGACGCUCAAGAUCCUCCACUCCUUCACGUACAAGGUGAUACACGAAAGAGCAGAGAGCACCUCAGACAGCGACUCUGACCAGGGCACGAGGAAAAGGCAGGCCUUCCUGGACAUGCUUCUGAAUACCACAUACGAGGACGGCAGCAGGAUGAGCCACCAGGACAUUCAGGAGGAAGUGGACACCUUUAUGUUUAGGGGACAUGAUACUACUGCAGCCUCUAUGAACUGGGUCCUGCAUCUGCUGGGCUCCCACCCUGAGGCGCACAGCAAAGUUCAACAAGAGCUCCAGGAGGUGUUUGGUACAUCGAACCGGCCCUUUACCACAGAGGACCUGAAGAAGCUCAAAUACCUGGAGUGCGUGAUCAAAGAGGCCCUGCGACUGUUUCCCUCUGUGCCCUUCUUCGCCCGCAGCCUCGGUGAAGACUGCCAUAUCAAUGGUUUCAAGGUUCCCAAAGGUGUCAACGCCAUCAUCAUCACCUACGCUCUCCACCGUGACCCGCGGUACUUCCCUGAGCCCGAGGAGUUCAGGCCUGAGCGCUUCCUGCCUGAGAAUUCGGUGGGAAGGCCUCCAUAUGCGUACCUCCCCUUCUCUGCUGGACUCCGCAACUGCAUCGGUCAGCGAUUCGCCCUGAUGGAGGAAAAGGUGAUCCUGGGCUCAGUUCUGCGUAGCUUCAAUGUGGAAGCUUGUCAGACACGUGAAGAUCUGCGGCCAGUGGGAGAGCUCAUCCUGCGACCCGAGAACGGCAUCUGGAUCAAAGUGGAAAAGAGGAAUCCAUCAAACUAG